AUGAGUAAUAGAACAACAAAAGAAUCGACUCGUCGUAGUAAGAAAUUCAAAGGAGUAGUCACUUCAAGUUCAUCACGAUUAAUUCCUAUUAAAACACCACAACUUAGUUUAUUAGCGGCAACACCAGGUGAUCUUAUUCUAACACCAAUUCAACUGACAAAAUCUCAUUUCAUUGAUGCUUAUUCUAAAGGAAAAUGGAAUCUAUCAAAAAUACCAUGUCCUCCAUGUAUGCCAAAUAAAGGAUAUAUGAAACCACCAGAAAGCUAUAACGAACCAGGUAGAUUAGAUGCUGUUUCAAGAUAUAUUGAUUUGCCACAUUGGCAUGAAAUGUCAAUAUUUAGAAAAUGUCUUUCUAAAUUACGGAAAAAUUUUCAAAUACCAGGAGUUGCAUUAUCAUUAAUUGAUAAUUAUAAAUGUCAUUUUAAAAUUGAAACUAUGUUGAACACAAAUUAUGUUCCACGUUGUAUUGCUAUUGAAUCCCAUGCAAUUCUAUCGCAAGGUUAUUUUUUAUUAUUGGAUGCUUCAAAAGAUUGGAGAACAAGAACAAAUCCAUUAGUUACUAGUUCUCCGUAUAUAAGAUUUUGGUGUGGAGUACCAUUGAUGACUUGUACAAGAGAAGUUAUUGGAAUAUUGUCAAUAUUUGAUAGAUUUCCAAAGGAUUCAUUUAGUGAAGAAAAUUGUACAAUUUUACAACUUGUUAGUAAAGAAAUUAUGGAAAUGUUGGAAAGUCCGUUGGACGUAGUAUUGAUUAAAAUGAAUAAAUAUUCCCCCAAAAUCAACAGUAUUGAAUAUUUUUCACCGAAUAAUGAUUUAAGAGUAUUACAGAAGCAAAUUGGUAGACCAACAAGUAGUAAAUCAUCUUUGGUGUUUGAAAAAGAUGGUUCAGGAGGUAGAUAUUCUCAGAAUAAUACCUACAGAUUUAUAAAAUAUGGUCCAUCAAAUACAAACAAACUGAGAGAUUCAAAUGAAACUGCAAAAGAAGAACAACCUACUUCAAUGGUUAAAGAACGAGAGUUGUGGCAAUUUUUAUUCUCAGUUGGAUCAUUAAAGAAAGCAGGUACGGUAUUAUCUAAAGUUUUGGCAACUAAUUAUCAUUUUGAAUUUGUAUACAUUUUGGAAAUACGAAUUGCUGAACCGUAUCAAAUAUUAAAAGAAUAUUUCCCGUUAUCCGAAGAGAAAGUUCAAGUUGAAUCAUUUGAUCAUUUCAAUAUGUUGAUUAAACGUAAAGAUUCUCAAAAUGAAUUCAUGACAAGGGUUAUUGGAUUUCAUGGUACAAAUUUCACUACUCAACAUUUUGAAAGUUCUAUACAUUACAAGGCAUUUAUGUCAGAAUUUGGUGUUGAAUAUAGAAAUGCAAAAGCAAAUUCAGUAUAUAAUCGAGGAAUGUUAUUGCCAUUCUAUAGAAACGGUUCAGUUCUAGUUAGAAAAUCAGGUGUAACACCUACUGACGGGAGAAUGAUUGAUGUUUAUUUACGAAGUGGAGGUUAUCUUAUUGCAUUAUUUUCAACUAAUGUGUACAAAGAUAUCAACAAUGAUUUAGUGUCUAACAUUUUCAAUCACGCUAGUACUUUUAGAAAGAUAUACAUUUGUACUUGA